AUGGCGUACCUGUAUUCGCUCGAGUCUCGGUUUGCCUUUGAUGAGAAAGAUUGGGUGAGAAUCGAGGGGAACUGGGAAGCAAAAGCAGCCAGCCGCAGUCAAGCUACUCAAGCAAGCCAUCUACGGGUCCUUCAACUCGAACAACACACCACCAGCGGCGAAGCCUUAAGCGAGAGAAGCCAGCCGCUUCGCCAAUCUAACCAAAACCGAAACACGGCGUCAAGCGUUGCUGUGAGCUCGAAAUGCAAGCCAGAGCAGGCUAGAAGGGCAUCCAUCAGUCUGGACCUGCAGCCUCAAAACGCAAAACCCCGGAGCAGCCCAAAAUAUCGGAAACAUCAAUCUAUCAACCUAAGCCAGCUUUAG